AUGAGUAAUUUGAUGAUUAAAAUGAUUAAGCUGCCGAUGGUUGCAAUAAUAGUUCAUUUAAUAAAAUUGGAUAUGUAUCACAAACAAAUGAUUCCACUAACCUACAUACAUUUAAUAUAGCUCCAAAUUUAGUUAUUAAUUAUCUCAGCUUGACCAAAUAUAAAUAAUAUAUUAACAUAUUAUUUGAUUAAAUGAUAAAAAUAGAAACAUAACCUCCUUUUUCAGAAACUUUAAUUUUCAAAUUAUUUAAUGUAAAUUUUAACCAAUUGGAAUAACAAGCUUGCAUAUUUUCUUGGAUGAGGAUUCAAAUAUGA